CGCAGCCGCCGACGCGGCGCGGGGCUCGGGCUCUGCGAGCACGCCCAGGACGCGCGGGCCCGGCGGCCGCCGGCUGCGGGGAAGUUGGCGGACAUGGGCCGGCUGCUGCGGGCCGGCCUGGCGCUGUGCUGGCUAACAGCCCUGGCCGCCGGCCUCCAGGUGUCCGUCCCGGACAAGAGGAAGGUGGCCAUGCUCUUCCAACCCACCGUGCUCCGCUGCCACUUCUCCACGUCCUCCCGCCGGCCCGCCGUGGUGCAGUGGAAGUUCAAGUCCUACUGCCAGGACCGCAUGAGCGAGUCCUUGGGGAUGGCCACCCCGCGCGCCCAGUCCCUCAGCAAGAGGAACCUGGAGUGGGACCCCUACGUGGACUGCCUGGACAGCAGGAGGACGGUCCGCGUGGUGGCGUCCAAGCAGGGCUCCACCGUCACCCUGGGCGAGUUCUACCGGGGCCGGGAGAUCACCAUCGUUCACGAUGCGGACCUUCAGAUCAGCAAGCUCCUUUGGGGGGACAGCGGGCUGUACUACUGCAUCGUCACCACCCCCGACGACCUGGAGGGCAAGAACGAGGACUCGGUGGAGCUGCUGGUGCUAGGCAGGACAGGGCUGCUUGCUGACCUCUUACCCAGUUUCGCUGUGAAAGUCAUGCCAGAGUGGGUGUUCGUGGGCCUGGUGCUCCUGGGCUUCGUGCUCCUCUUCGUGCUCGUGGGGAUCUGCUGGUGCCAGUGCUGCCCGCACAGCUGCUGCUGCUACGUGCGCUGCCCCUGCUGCCCGGACACCUGCUGCUGCCCGCAGGCCCUGUACGAAGCAGGGAAAGCCGCCAAGGCCGGGUACCCGCCCUCCGUCUCGGGGGUGCCGGGCCCCUACUCCAUCCCCUCCGCCGUGCCCCUGGCAGGGGCGCCCCCCUCAGGCAUGCUGAUGGACAAGCCGCACCCACCGCCCCUGGCGCCCAGCGACUCCAUCGGGAGCCACAGUGUGCGCAAAGGGUACCGGAUCCAGACGGACAAGGAGAGGGACUCGAUGAAGGUCCUGUACUAUGUGGAGAAGGAGCUGGCGCAGUUUGACCCUGCCCGGAGGAUGCGAGGCCGAUACAACAACACCAUCUCGGAACUCAGCUCCCUGCACGAGGAGGACGGCAGCUUCCGCCACACGUACCACCAGAUGCGCAGCAAGCCCUUCCCUGUGUCCGGGGACUUGGAGAGUGACCCCGACUACUGGACCAGUGUCAUGGGGGGCGGCAGUGGGGUGAGCCGGGGGCCCACGGCCAUGGACUAUGACAAGGAGGAGAGGGACAGCUUCCGGCACAGCCAGCCGCGUGCCAAGUCGGAGAUGCUGUCGCGGAAGAACUUCGCCCCGGGGGUGCCGGCCGUGUCCAUGGACGAGCUGGCGGCGCUGACCGACUCGUACGGGCCGUCGCGCCGGCUGGAGCGCGCGGACACGGCGCACGGCGAGUACUACCCGCGCGCGCGCGAGCCGCCCUACAGCCCCACGCCCGCGCGCCUGCCGCGCCUGGUGAGCCGCACGCCGGGGCCCGCGCCCCGCUACGCGCGCCCGCCGCGGCCGGACGCCGCCGAGCGCGCGGGCAGCCUGGAGACGCCGUCGCGCCUGAGCGCGCGCCUCGGCCCGCGCAGCGCCUCCUACUACGCCUGGUCCCCGCCGGGCGGCCGCCGCCGCGGCGACGACGACGACGACGACGACGAUGAGGACGAGGACGAGGAGGACGGCGAGGACGAGGACGAGGACGCGGCCGAGGACGCGCUGCCGCCCUACAGCGAGCGCGAGCUGAGCCGCGGCCCGUCGUUCCGCAGCGCGCGCGACCUGCCGUUCCACGCGGGCUCUGAGAAGCGCAGGAAGGAGACGAGCAAGAAAUCGAACGACUUCCCCACCAGGAUGUCCCUCGUGGUCUGAAGUGGUUUUUCUCGAGACCUGUGUCAAGAAGGCUGGACACCGACAGCUCACUGACCCCCAUCCCGGGGGUCCAGGCACCUCCCGAAGACAGCAGGCGUGGGCACCGCUCUGCCCCCCAGCCUGGGAAGGAGGGCGGCUAACUGUGCUCUGGCGACACCUCGGAGCCAGCCUUGGACGGGGUGAGCUGGGGGGUGCGGAUUGCAUCCUCAGCACCCACCUGACUCCUUUGAGGAACUUCACAGAGGAAAAAAAAACCUGCCUGUGAGAACAUUCUAGACCCCUGGGGCUUCUCCGCCGAGACCUGACUCCCCUCCUUGUAGCUGGACUCAAAUUGCUUUUGCAGCUCCGCAAGGGAAUCAGCGAGGAACUGCUGAUUCCCCAGGAAUCUCUGGUGCCCGAAUGAUCCUUGCCUGUCCUCCCCGUGCCAGGCUGCUUCCGACCCGGGACGACCACAGCAGGCAAGACAUACAGUUCACCACCACUAUAUAAUUACAAUAAAACUGGAAGCCUCGGGUCAGUUUAACACCUGGGACCUGCUGCACCUUUGCAACAAGGACUUGCACUGGCAGUUCUAGAAGCAGCAGGAAUGCUCUAGAACAUUCUAGAAGCCACUGGAAUACUCUGGAAUGUUCUAGAAGAAGCAGGACCAUUCUGGAAUGACACGAACCACUUGUAUCUGUUUUUGAAAAGCUUGGCUAGGUAUUUCCCCCCCCUCCCCAUUCCAAGAGCAUACACUUUUUCUCUUCUGUGGCUCACUUUGGUGUCUGAGUCUUGGGCAUUAAGGGCUCACCUCUUCCUCCCCCAACUGCCCCCCCCACCUGCUUCUGGUGGACGCCACGGCCAGCCUCCCGCUGCACCCCAACUGCGUUGUCAUCUGGUGCCUUUUGAGAACGGUUUAAAAUAUAUAAAGAAAGGGAGAAAGUCAUGAAAAUGGAGAAGGAAUUGUGAGGGGGCAGGAAAAUAGUUUCCUUCAGUUUUGAAGGUGAGUCUAGACCUCCCUUCCCUGCCCCCAAACCUACUUUUCCACUCGGGGUUUGUAUUUCUUUUUUUUGGCUUUUUGGGUCACACCCAGCAACGCUCAGGGGCUCCUCCGGGCUCUGCACUCAGGAAUCACUCCUGGCGGUGCUCGGGGGACCCUAUGGGAUGCUGGGAAUCGAACCCGGGUUGGCCACGUGCCAGGCCAACACCCUCCCUGCUGUACUGUUGCUCCAGCCGCUUAUAUUUCAUUUUGCCACAAAUUCUUCUCACCACUGCGGGCCACCUGGACCUGUCCUGGGCUGGUCAUUGGCCACUCUACAGGGCUUGCUGGUCGGGGGAUGCACAGUAAUAGCUGGAGGGUUAUUAUUUGCUUUUCCUCCUGGCCUUACCUAAAUGAGAGAUUUUUGCCUAAUCCCAAAGCUCCGUCUCUGGCUUCUGUAAUUUGUAUAGAUCGGGGCGGAGGAAAGGGGGCUGAGGGGGGACGGCCUCGGUCCAGUCCCUCCCAUCAUGACAUGUACACUUGCUUCUCCACCGUCCGUGUCAUUGGAUGGGGCGCCCAUGGGCCCGGAGUAAGCAUGAUGACUCCUGAGAAGUGCUCACGGCCAGGGAUUUGUCCUCCUGGAACCCAGCUGUCACUCCCAGGUGAGCUGUUCCUGCUGGUUGACGAGGACAAGCCCCCUCCCCCCGCCCUUCAGGGACCCCCAUCGGCAGCUGAGGCUUCAGACGUGAGUGCACCCAGCCCCGAUCACGGAGUCCAGCUGAGCACUGAGCACAUGAGAAGGGGCACUGAGAAGGGGGCACAUGCUUCCAAUGUUCCUUCCUCCUGGAGACAAAAGUGGGUCUGAGUGUGGCGCCUUGGGCCUGAGCGAUAAUCCGGAGGGGAGAGCGUUGGCCUUGCAUGAAGCCAACCCCGGUUCGAUCCCCGGCACCCUAUCAGGUCCCCCAAGCUCGCCAGGAGUGAUUCCCGAGUGCAGAGCAGGGGUGAGCCCUGAGCAUCUCUGGGCGUGGCCCCCAAGCCCACCUAAAAGGUGGAGCCUGGGCUUCAGAGAACGCCAGGUGUCUCCCAGCUGCACUUUCUCUCACAGACAACGUGGAGCGUUCAAGGACUGGCCGACACCUUCUCUGGAGUGGGGUGGGGGGGCGGGCAGGCUGCUGUGUCCGCCCCUCCCCCCCGUGCCCAGGGUUCGUCUGUCUGUUUGCCUCCCUGGGUUCCUGGGCAGCCCCUGAAGGUUCUUCGGCAUCUCCCGGGUCUCUUUAGGGAGCUUUCCACAGGGCUCACCUGCCCCCUGCAGCUUCCAGAAUAAUCUUCUGUGUGUGCCGUGGACAACAGGAGAAUCAGCCGCUGAAACGGCUUCCUGAGGGGCUCUGGCCUGGGCAGCAAGGGCAGCAAGGACCGCACAAGCCAUAACUAGUGCAGCCUUUGACUUCUCAGCACCCCUGAGCCCUAUCUGUCAGGGCACCCCCCACACACACACACCCCUUUCUAGUGCCGCGGGAAAGGACCGUCGAGGAGUCCUUCUCGAUCACCACCUCUGGAUCGUCUCAAUGCUCAGGCCAUUUUGGGGGGAUACAGUCGUGGCUCUCUCGUCCCCCUGAGCACUGUGCCCGGCUUCUCACCACCAAAGAGCACCAGCGGCAGAGACCAAAACCACUGGCGUCUGCUGCCGCCCACUGCUGCCAGCUUGAUCCAUGUCUGUCCACUGCCGUCCACGCAUACUGCGGCAGAAGCUCAGAUGCGGUGAAGGGACCGGAAACCGGACGUUUGUUCCAAAGAUGCUAUAGUUGCCGAGAUAUACCUGGAGCCUGCCAGGACAGAUCCUGCACCUGGACCAACAUCCUCUGAUGAAUUCCCGGGUGUGCCUGGGUGGGCAGAGAAAGGAGGGCGGCUGGACCGGAACCACCUGGGACCCCUGAGUCCCCCCCACCCCAGCCCCAUCAUUCUUCUCCCCUGAACUGGAAGGGCUUCCCCACACCCACUUUCUUCCUCGGUUUCCUUGGGGCGUGCGUCACGGUCUCGCCCUGGGGAUCCUGCCAUGAAGUGGGGGGCACAAAGCCGAGCCCAAGGGGGCGUUGGGAGAGCACCGUGCACCUGAGCUAUGAAGUGUCGCUGGGUCCCAAGCAACCCGGAGAAUUAAAAGUUCCUUUUCUAAACUUAA